UUUGACCUCCGACACGUACAUUUAGUGAGCCGGCGAACCGAGGAGUGGCCGAGGUUUAAAGAGCUUGGCCUGCGCCAUUGCAGGGGUCAGUCAGCACCAUGAAGCUUCUCUCGCUGGUCGUGUUUGCUCUCGUGCUCGUCGCAGCUUUUGCAUCAGGCGAAAGGGACUGCUCGACGAAAUGCCAAUGUAGCAACGUGCCCAACAAAACCGAAUUCUGCGGAAUCCUGGGCAUUAAGAGGCGCACCUUCAGCAGCUCCUGUGAGAUGCUGUGCUACAAUUGUCAAAACAAGAGCAACUACAAGUACCAGAGCUCUGGAAAGUGCCCUGCUGACGCUGCUGCAGGUGCCGCGCAUGGAGCCCAAGGAACGAACUCUCCAAAGACUACAGCAAGGCCCACUAGCACCACUAGCACCAGUAGCACCACUAGCACCACUACUCCGCAGCCCAGCAACCAAAAGCAGAAAAAUUAAAACAAAAUGUAUUGCAAACGGGACCAACUCUUUUUUCUCAUCAAUGGAAUUUGAAAUAACUUCAACUAAUAAAACUGCACCUAUUUUCCUCUCUCUGUUAUUGCAAGCAAA